AUGGAGGAGGCUGAUCAGGCCGAUCCCUUCCUUUGGGAUGUCGGUCGAGUGGUGCAAGAAUUAUGCACCUCAAAUCGGUCUUGGAAAGUGCCGCUGGCCAAGAAGCUACUAGAUCCCGCCAAACUCGAGCGCAAGUUUCGGGAACAUGAAGUGGAUGGCGAGUCGCUGUUGACUUAUGAGGACGAAUUCGGCGCCACUAUGCUAUGGGAUCUCUUGGACGUCAAGAUUGCUCCACAGAGAAUCUCGCUUUCCCGCAUCAUCAAGCACCUUAGAAGGCACAGCCGUGGCUACCAGAACUGGAAACAGACUCAGCUUGUAGAGAGCCAGGGUGACGGUGGCGUAGAUGAUGGCCCGUCUAUCUUGCCAGAGCCACACAACAGAGCUGAAGUCUUGGAUACUGAACCCGAAUUUCUUCAGCCGUCUCCAGGGGAGGAACCCAUCUCGGUGAUUCCCGCGUCCACUGUCCAAAGCACGCCCCCACCCGAAACAGCGCAGUCUGGCGAGUCGAGCGAGCCACCUCCCAAAAAGAGGAGGAUUGCUCCAACUAGUAUACCCGCCGUUCCCGUUCAUAUCAACAGCUUGAUAGCACCCACCAAAGCCGACGCCAUAACCUACACCGUUGCUACUGUAGAGGAGCUACCCCAGACUACAGAUUCGGCCCCUGCCUAUCUAGGUCAUUUCGUUCUGAACCCCGCGGAAAUUACCAUGCCACCAAUACCCGACGGUACCGAGCCAGAAGCGAUAGAAUGGCUGGAACCGUAUCCGCCCGGACGGCUACUGGUUGGCUGGGCAGGGUCUAGCGGGAUUCCGCCUGGACGUCGUCUUCAAGUAGCACGGGCGAUGAAACGUUUUCUCCUUUCUGGCUUGAUCGUGAGUCAGAAAAGUGACUCUGAGGUAGGCGAAGAUGCCGAAUCGCUGCUGCCGCUGCUCGGGGAGUCUAGCGACGAGGGCUGUUAUGACUCGGACACGUGGCGUGAAAUGGAGGAGGAGGAAGAGCUUGAGAACCUCGAGGCUCGCAUGCUAACUUCCAAGAACCUCAACCUAAGCAGUGUCAAGGUCGAGGAAGUGAUCCAGACGGUCAUCCUCAAUCUCGAGGCUGAUUGGGUAGAGAUAAAGAAACCAAAAAAUGACCGCAAAGCCUGGAAACUGUGGCGAGAUGCUUACCCCCACUCGGCUCGUCUAUUUAUAAUCGACAGAGCCAAGGAAAAGCUUGAAAGCCUUCGCCUUCGGAUAGACAACAUGGUGCGAGGAUACCUCAGAGACACGUGGGAUGAUAAGCGAGCUCUCGAGCAGCAGGCGACCGGUCAGCUGGAAUUAAGCGUCUUUGACAGGAAGUACCAGGAAUGGCUCAUCAACAUGCUACAGAACCCUCAGCCGCCCCCAAAACCCUCGAUGCUCCCUAGGCUAAAGCCCCUACCUAAGAAGAGGCGGGUUUCGUAUGACGAUGGCGUGGAGGGUGAAGACAUCCUAACGAGCGAGUCCGACGGCCUUGAUGAGUUCGUCGAUGAAGACGUUCCUCUUGACCCUGGGCUUUUUACCAGCGAUGGGAUGGAUCUGGACUCGAACUACGAACCUGAUAUCAACACAAAUCAUGAGCCUAUUGUUGAUCCAAUCCGCGGAUCUUCCUAUAGUACUCCACCUAGAGACUAUCCCAUAGCGUCGUUCCCUCCGAGUCUGGGUAACACUGCACUUCACCAGACACCGAUUGCAAAAUCCGAGCACCCGCUGGGGCCAGUUAGCCCACUCCGUGCCGCAUCUGAGGUUAUCGAGAUUUUCUCCUCCCCUAUGGGCCCGACGAAGCUAGAUCAGGUCCCUAAUUUGGAAGAUCCAGCCAGCAUCGGAAAAGUCGGCUUCGAAUACUGGGUAAAAACUCAGGAUCGCAAUCGACUUGUCGUUGCUGUCCUGUAUACCUGGUCUUCUAGUCGCCGAAGGGACGUCUUCGAUGCCGUCAAAGACAGUGAUUUCCGCGAUGUCUGGAACGAACACAUGGAAGAAUUAGUGAACAACAGCCUUAAAGCCCGGGCUGCUACCGUUUCGAUCAACAUAUUCAAGCUUUUUGACUGUUUCAUAAGCUGUAAGACGAUACGAUUGGGCUCUAAGUCUAUUCGGCCCACCACUAUACAUCGGGUCAAACGAGACGACAACUUGUUCGAGCCAUUCUGCGAGCUUCUCAAGCGAGUCAUCCCACACUUCUCACACCCACCGACCCAGACCCAGACUCGGAUAAAGCUGAAAGGAGGCUCAGCUGAAGACUCUCCGGACGACUCAACCCACGCCUCGGGUAGUUCCUUGUCGGAGGACAUGCCUAUAUCGUCGGCUAAGAAACGGCGAAGGCAGCAUCGACCACGAGACCAGAACGCCGAAAACCUCCGUCAAACAAAUAUGAGCCAGAACAAAGAGUUUGAAAAGCGUCGUGAGCUGCUGAGGCAGAAGCUGGCUAUUCAAGGAACGGUUACUGGCGACAAGUCCCGGCUGAUUGUCAACGAAACGAAGGAGUCAGAUGAUCAGGCAUUGAUAUACAUCAACGAUGCCAUCGGCAGCAAGAUAAAAGACCACCAGAUUGAAGGUGUCCGAUUCAUGUGGAACCAAAUCGUCGUCGAUUCGAAAGUCCGCCAAGGGUGCCUUCUUGCCCACACAAUGGGCCUUGGCAAGACCAUGCAAGUCAUCACGUUGCUGGUGGUCAUUGCCGAGGCAUCUUGUUCGCAAGAUCCGUCGGUUCACACGCAAAUCCCCGAGAGUCUGCGGCGGUCCCAGACGCUGAUCCUCUGUCCUGCAGGCUUAGUCGACAACUGGAUCGACGAAGUUCUUUUCUGGACUCCAGACGACAAGUUUCUCGGCACUUUUUUCAAGAUAGAUUCCUCGGUGAAGCUGGAAAAUCGCAAAAAUAUGGUGAGGGACUGGAAGGAUGAAGGCGGAGUCCUCAUCACUGGCUAUCCUUUAUUCACGGACCUCGUCAAAGACCCGGAAAUUGCCGCAAUUCUCUAUGACUUCCCCAACAUCGUUGUCUGUGAUGAGGCCCACCUCUUGAAAAACCCCGAAGCAAAUCGGACACAGGCAACGGCCAAGUUCAAAACCAUGAGUCGCAUAGCUAUGACAGGGUCUCCGCUCACCAACAAUGUCAUGGAUUACUACUCAAUGAUCAAUUGGGUGGCACCGAACUAUCUGGCAGACAUUGCAGAGUUCAGAGAUAGGUUCGGAAACCCGAUCAAGGAGGGACUAUAUGCCGAUAGCGAACCGUUUAAAAAGAGGAAGGCGCGGAAGAUGCUACAUGUGCUGAAGGCUACCGUAGAGCCGAAAGUCCACAGAAAGGACAUGCAGUUUCUCGUCAAAGAGUUGCCAACCAAAAAGGAGUUCAUUCUAACGUUGCCUUUGACUGAGGCGCAAAAGAAAACUUACGAAGCCUACCUUGAGGUUGCCCUUGAAAACCCAAGGGUCGCUGAGACAAUCAAGUCACAGGCAGGAGUCUGGAGUCUCGUUACAACGCUUUCGCCGCUUCUCGCCCAUCCUUGGAUCUUCCGGACUUAUCUCAACACUCGCAAGUCAAAACAGUCGCGAGACAACGACGACUGUCUCGCCUUACCACAGGACCUCCUCGGCCAGGUAUUAUCUACGCUCCCUUCUAGGACCCUCGAGAAUAUCGAAAACUCCAACAAGAUUUUCGUCCUCGUGAAGAUCUUGGACGAAUGCAAAAAGAUCGGUGACAAGGUUCUGCUGUUCUCGCAGAGCAUCCCUACGCUGGACUAUCUUGAGACUCUGUUCAAGAGGCAGAAGCGGGGUAUCCAGCGGCUCGAUGGGUCUACCCCGAUCGCAGAACGCCAGGCCGCAAUCAAGAAGUUCAACACGGACUCGACCGAAAUCUACCUCAUAUCUACGAGGGCGGGUGGAGUUGGACUCAAUAUAUACGGGGCCAACCGGGUUGUCAUUUUUGACUUUCGAUAUACGCCGGCAGAGGAGCAGCAGGCCAUUGGCAGGGCAUAUCGGAUAGGCCAGACCAAGCCUGUCUAUGUCUACUGGCUCCAGAUGGGUGGGACUUUUGAGAAUACGAUCCAAAACAACGCCGUGUUCAAGACACAAUUGGCAUCACGAGUCGUGGACAAGAAGAAUCCCGACCCGUGGUCAACGCAGAUCCGCGAAUACUUCGUCAAGCCCACAAUUCCCGAGCAGAGAGAUUUGUCAAACGCCAUGGGGCAGGACACAGUCUUAGACGCGCUGCUGAGCGACAGCCGGUUUGAGGGCGUCAUACGCCAGAUAGACUCGACCGAAACUUUUGAGAAGGAGGAAACGUACGAGCUUACAGCCGAAGAGAAACGAGAGGCGGAGGAAGACAUUGAGCUUCAGCGACUCCGCAUCCAAAACCCGGACGAGUUCAAGCGUCGGGAGCAAGAGUGGCUGUGGCGACAGAGAGAGGUGCCAUGGCUGGCACCUGAAUUUCCGGGGAUGGGCCAAGUAAAUCCUAUCGGCGCUCAGUUCCAGCCCAGGGCCACGCCAGCGAAGGCAUCGAGCACGCCGAUCAAGAUUACAGUGCCGACUCACUUGAGAGAGCAGCGCGAUCCGGCAGCGACAGCUCCAGCUUCGAACCCCAAUAUCUCUAACUCUGAGAGGAGAUUGAGUGGCGUGCCUAGCCCCGAAUCAUUCCUCCCCAUCCUCGGGACGGGCACUCGUUUCAAGCAACCUCAAGCCCAGCCGCAGGCCCCGCCGGAGAAUAAGCCUGGGUCCUCAUCUCUGGAGUUAAUGCUUACGAAGCUCCUAACGGUAGUUGCUGAGCGCAUCUCGGCCCAAGGACGGCACACGCCAUUGACCCCGAGCAACAUGGUGUCGGAAAUCGCCAAUGCACUAGAUCAGAACCAUAUCCAAGGACUGCCGCGGCUUGACAAACUGCAGCACCUGACAAAGGCGGCUCAGAACGAACGUAUCGCAGAGGCGCUGCUUACGAAACACCUCGAGCCCGACGCAUUCGUCAAAAUGGGAAUUCCGGAGAUAGACUCAACAGCGGCGCUCUACGAUGGGAUGCGAGAGGACGACUUUGAGCGUACGGUGUGGAAUUCUCAGGUCGCUAAUCCACAAGUAGGCAACAAGUUCUACGAGAGCUCACAGUCUCUUGCGAGCAACUAA